AGCUGCAUCCAGAUGGCAAAAAUUUCAAUCCAGAAAUGGUACGAUCCAUGGAUAAAUAUGCACCAGAUCUUACGGAACAGUUCAUGCAACUAAAAACUGCUUAUGACAUUUUACGACGUUCAGCACGAAGAAAGCAAUAUGAUCAAAUGAUGGGAAUUGAACGUUUAAAGCGUUUCAAUAGACGAUCAGAAAAGUUAAACCUUUACGAUAUUGAAGACAAAAAGCCCAGUUUCAUGACAAAUUUUGGUAUGUCUGCGCGAGAAUUCAUCAGCGGUGAUUUCUAUGUGCGAUUAGCAAGUAAUGCGGACAAUUCACUGAUGUAUUUCACCGUCGGCAGUGUAGUAAUCAUUUUGAUACUACAAAAGUUAUAUGUCUGGUAA